CACUCCAACACAAACUUUCAGCAGCCAAUCAAACACAAUCAACUGCUCAGAAACCAAAAACAGCAAAAAUCUUAAAUGUAACAGUGACAAUGUGGCCCUUGGAAUUUCAUCUAGCUUGAGUGAAGUCCCAUCUACUUGGGACUGGAUUAGGGAGCUAGAUACCAUGGUGCCAAUGGACGUUGACUUAUCAACGCACAUAGAAUCAUCUAUACAAGAAAUGAUAGCGACCAAGGGGACAAGUGAGGUUCCAACAAAAUCUCUGAUUUUUACGAAAUUAGAGUCCCCAACAAAGACAGUGAUUCCCUUUAGUGACACAACACAUAUUCAGUCAUCAAUGAGGAAUAUCAUAGGGACAUCCAUACCAGAAAAUUCAGGAAUGUCUUCUGUGACAUCUUCUCGAACAGAGAAUUCUGGGACAUUUACUGAGACAGAGAAUUCUGGGAUAUCUAGUGAAACACAGACUUUGGGGACGUCUUCUGGGACAGAGAAUUCUGGGAUAUUUAGUGAAACACAGACUUUGGGGACGUCUUCUCGAACAGAGAAUUCUGGGAUAUCUAUUGAAACACAGACUUUUAGGACGUCUUCUGGGACAGAGAAUUCUGGGAUAUCUAUUGAAACACAGACUUUUGGGACGUCUUCUGGGACAGAGAAUUCUGGGAUAUCUAGUGAAACAGAGACUUUGGGGACGCCUUCUGGGACAGAGAAUUCUGGGAUAUCUACUGAAACAGAGACUUUGGGACGUCUUCUGGGACAGAGAAUUCUGGGAUAUCUACUGAAACAGAGGCUUUGGGGACGCCUUCUGGGACAGAGAAUUCUGGGAUAUCUACUGAAACAGAGACUUUGGGGACGCCUUCUGGGACAGAGAAUUCUGGGAUAUCUACUGAAACAGAGACUUUGGGGACGUCUUCUGGGACAUCUACUGGGAUGGAUCAGAAACUGGGGACAAAUACACCAACUAUUGAAAUGCCAUCAAGUGUAACCUCUAAUACAAAUCAAACCAAUCCAGGAUUGCCACUAAAGACUGCAGACCAAGAUGUCGCCUUGCUGAUUAUCGUCAGCUGUCUUGCUUUUGUCCUACUGGUUGCCAUGGUUAUAUUUAUUGUCAUUAUGUGGAGACGAGCCAAUGUGAACCAGCACACUCAAGAAGAAACCCAUAUCUACGAUGCUUAUCAUCAUGACAACGGUAGCCUGGGGCCUGACCCUCUCGGAGAGGAUCAUUCCUACUAUGCUCCGGCUAAUGGAUCCAUAUUGACAUGAACAAGAGGAUGUGGCUAUGCUAUAACAGAGGAGUAUUAUAUAUCCAGGGGAAAAAAAGAGAUUUUCUAGCUAAUCUUUUUCAUUAUAAUAUCAUUUGAGUGUAUGCAUUAAAGCUCCAUGGAAGCAGAAUCGGUGAUAUCUCAUGCAGUUAAAACAUCGGAAGAUUUGACCUCAGGUGAAAAUCCUAGGCAGCUGUGCUUUUUAUGGAAGUUAAGAUCAUGAACCUUCCAGGGCUGUUGCGGUGUGUCUUUAGGCUAAUGAGAAAGGACUUUUUUUAUUCCAAUUGCUCUGGAUAGCAUUGCAACUGGAAUAGCUACUGCAUGAUGUUUAGUCAGGUAGCCACCAGCUACUACAAGGAGACAAUAAUGCCUUCAAAUGAUUCUGGCUGUUUACAAAGCAAUACCACCAUCAUACAAACAAACUUCCUAAUAUAGGUUCUUCCUAAUUAUAAAUAAAGGUACUUCCUAAAUAUAGGUACUUCCUAAAUAUAGGUAGAGCAAGAUAAACAAUGGUUUAAGUCCUAAUUGUGUCUCUUCAUGUAUUUUUUGUUUUUGUUUUGAUUUUAUUUAUAUAUUUAUAUUAUUAUUAUUUCUGUUUCAACCAAAUAAAAUAAAAUAAAAACAUACA